CCCCGGAGGCCCCGUGCGGGAGCGCGCGCGGGCGUGCGCAGGGCGGCGGCGCGGGCGCGCGGGCGCGCGGUGACCGUUGGGCUGAGGGGAGGAGGCAGCGCGGCCGCCGCCGUUGCGCAGAUCCGGGCCGCGGCUGAGGGGAGGGCGCCGGGGCCAGUGACCUUCCGGAGGCGGGAGCGAGCCAGGGGGCCCGGGACGCCGAGCGCCGCCGCCGCCGCCAUGAACAACUCGGGCGCCGACGAGAUCGGGAAGCUCUUCGUGGGCGGCCUGGACUGGAGCACCACCCAAGAGACGCUGCGCAGCUACUUUUCUCAGUAUGGAGAGGUUGUGGACUGUGUGAUCAUGAAAGACAAGACGACCAACCAGUCUCGAGGCUUCGGGUUUGUCAAAUUUAAAGACCCAAACUGUGUGGGGACAGUGCUGGCCAGCAGACCACACACCCUGGACGGCCGCAAUAUUGACCCAAAGCCAUGUACACCUCGGGGGAUGCAGCCGGAGAGGACACGGCCGAAAGAAGGCUGGCAGAAAGGCCCCAGGAGCGAUAACAGUAAAUCCAAUAAGAUAUUUGUCGGUGGAAUCCCUCACAAUUGUGGUGAGACAGAGCUCAGGGAGUACUUCAAGAAGUUCGGAGUGGUCACGGAAGUGGUCAUGAUCUACGACGCAGAGAAGCAGAGGCCUCGAGGUUUUGGAUUUAUUACUUUCGAGGACGAACAAUCAGUGGACCAGGCUGUCAACAUGCAUUUUCACGACAUCAUGGGCAAAAAAGUGGAAGUUAAACGGGCCGAGCCUCGGGACAGCAAAAGCCAAGCACCAGGGCAGCCAGGUGCCAGCCAGUGGGGCAGCCGCGUCGUGCCCAACGCCGCCAAUGGCUGGGCAGGCCAGCCCCCGCCCACGUGGCAGCAAGGAUACGGCCCUCAAGGGAUGUGGGUGCCAGCAGGACAGGCCAUCGGUGGCUACGGACCACCCCCUGCGGGACGAGGAGCCCCCCCCCCCCCCCCGCCAUUCACCUCGUACAUCGUGUCCACUCCCCCCGGAGGGUUCCCCCCUCCUCAGGGCUUCCCACAGGGCUAUGGCGCCCCCCCGCAGUUCAGCUUUGGCUACGGGCCUCCACCUCCACCACCGGAUCAGUUUGCCCCUCCGGGGGUCCCCCCUCCGCCUGCCACGCCAGGGGCAGCCCCCCUGGCCUUCCCGCCGCCUCCAUCUCAGGCCGCCCCAGACAUGAGCAAAGCGCCCACGGCCCAGCCUGACUUCCCCUACGGUCAGUACGGUGAGUGGCCGCCCUCGGGCCCUGCCACAGGGCCCCACUUUGCUUACGCUCUUGUGGUCAGGCUGAGCCGUGGCAGGGCCUGGCCUAGGCAGGUGGCCCCUCAUUCACUGUCCCUACUCUGCUGGCACCCGGGUGGUGGACGUCACCGCCUCUGCCAUCCCAGGCGGGGGUGGACCUGGUAGGUGAGGAUCCCAGCCGGCCGUGGGCUCUGCUUCUACGAGGCAGCAUGCCUCGCUCCACCCCCGCUCGCCACAGGGAGGCCAGGGUCCUGGGACCGGUCUUUGUCCAGAGUGUGUAGUCUGGGUGGACGAGGAGCCAGGAGGUGACCGCCCCCUUUCCCGAGGCACCUUUCAUGCCCUCUGGGCCAGCAGCGCAGGCUCUGGGCCCUGGGUCGAGGAGGAAGCUGCCCGGCCCAGCUGAUGCAAGUCCUUCAGACCAGCGCUUGGCAUGUUGUCCCAGCCCCACCCCGAGCUGGUCAGCGUCACGGAAGCCGCCGGGUUGGGUCACUUCUGCAGGGAGGGCAGUGGCCAUCUAGGGGUAUUCUAGAGGGAGGCACAGGGCUGGUCUGACAUGGUCUUGAGUCCUGAAAGCUGUGCCGGAGUCCCCGCUGCGUUCUGUUCCAGAACCUACUUCCUAGAAGCCCCUGAUCCGCCAGGGCUGGCCACAUCCUCUGUUACUCCAGGCUCAAAGGCCUCAGCCGCUCAGCCCUGCAGCCCGGGCACCCAGCCCCGAGGCUUUGGGAACGGGGAGGCGGGCUGAGGACAUGCCGGACAGAUGGGGCUCCGAGAGGGCUCAGAGCUGCCGCUGGUUCUGUGCGGAGACAGCUGUCCAGGCUCUUGCCGAGGGUGCAGGGUGGGCUCUCGAGAUGAGCAGCCCCAGGGCCUCACCCCAGGCUGGCCGCGGCCCCAGAGCGCCACACGGGAGCUGUCCCCACAGUCACUGUCACGCCCCGGCUCACGGACUCUUC